UCGGCCGUAAACGGCAGGCCGGGGUGGCGCGGCGCCGGGGGCGAGCGCGGUGUCCUCGUCGCCCCCGCCAGCUCCGCGCCCGGACUCCCUGUCGGCUCUCCCGCAGCCCGGGGCCUCCGCGUCCUUCAGCGUGGAGCCGACUGACCGGGAAGCCAGUGCUGGCGGGCGCAUGCGCCGCCCGGCCCCCUCCUGCGUCCGUGGGGUCAGAGGUCACGGGGAAGGUCGCGGGUGGGCUCCCUGGCGCUGAAGUCAGUGGUCAAACGGAGUGACCCCGCUGGAGGCCACAGGUCACAGAGCCCCGGCCUGGCGCCCACAGGUGCGCGGACGCGUGGCCGAGCGAGGCCGGUGACGUCACCCGCCCAAGAUGCGCCGCCUGCCGACGCCCACGCUGCUGCGGGCCCUGGCCCGGGCCGCCCGUGCAGGACCCCCGAGUGGCAGAAGCCUGCACAGCAGCCCCGUGGCCGCCACCUACAAGUACGUGAACGCCCAGGAGGCCGCCAUGGACAUGAAGUCCGUGACGGACCAGGCGGCCCGGACCCUGAUGUGGACGGAGCUCUUCCGAGGGCUGGGCAUGACCCUGAGCUACCUGUUCCGGGAGCCGGCCACCAUCAACUACCCGUUUGAGAAGGGCCCGCUGAGCCCACGCUUCCGGGGCGAGCACGCCCUGCGCCGGUACCCGUCGGGGGAGGAGCGCUGCAUCGCCUGCAAGCUGUGCGAGGCCGUGUGCCCCGCCCAGGCCAUCACCAUCGAGGCCGAGCCCAGGGCCGACGGCAGCCGCCGCACCACGCGCUACGACAUCGACAUGACCAAGUGCAUCUACUGCGGCUUCUGCCAGGAGGCCUGCCCCGUGGACGCCAUUGUGGAGGGCCCCAACUUCGAGCCAUCGUGGAGGUGGGCAGGGGCUGGGCGGGGCAGGGCUGAGGGCGGGGCCUCACCCGCGCCGCCUGCACCCCAGGGCCCCAACUUCGAGUUCUCCACGGAGACGCACGAGGAGCUGCUGUACAACAAGGAGAAGCUGCUGAACAACGGGGACAAGUGGGAGGCCGAGAUCUCGGCCAACAUCCAGGCCGACUUCCUCUACCGCUGACACAAUAAAGCGCUCCCACCCGC